CACAGUGUCUGAGAGCAAAGCGCCGUCCGACUGACUUCGCCGAAGAGCUUUGCGGGUUUUCGCUUCCCUCUCCCGCCUAGAGUGCCCGAUUUGUCACUCCCCAGGAGAAAAGCAAAAAAGAAAAAAGGGAAACACGCUUCCGUGCCGCAGGAUUUGUUGUGCUCUGCUCGCUGGAGGAGGCUGCGUGGUUUGUGCUGUGUUUCGACCGGUGUCUCCACGAUGCACAUCGACGGUGAGGCUCCCUUGUGUGCGCGAUACCACUGCAGAGCCAGCGGAUAACAGCCGACGGCCAGCGAACAUGGAGGCCCACAGGGCACUGGAGCUUUUGGAAGAGUACCACAGCAGGCUGAACAAGCCGCAGGACAAGCAGCUCCGCAAUGCCAUUGAGCGUGUGAUCCGCAUCUUCAAGAGUCGGCUCUUCCAGGCUUUGCUAGAUAUCCAAGAAUUCUAUGAAAUCACCUUGCUGGACGACACGAAGAGCAUUCAGCAGAAGACAGCCGAGACCCUACAGAUUGCCUGCAAGUGGGAAAACAGUCCACCCAUCACAGGCACACAUUCCAAUAGCACAGAGAAGUACCGGUACCCGGAGGAAGUGGACCUCCCUCCCACGUCGUCCCGGCUCAAGGACGUAGAUGGCUUGGGCACCAGCGUCGACCACUACUCUUCCAGCGCCGUGGAAUCGCCCAGGAAGGGAAGUCGUCGUGGAAUUCCUCUGGACUCGGUACUGCUAGCCAAGAAGCUCGAAUACUUCGAGAGCAAUGACAGCUGGCAGGCUCCGGACAGCGAUCAGGCACAAACUCCACUAUUGGGCGGCGGUGGCGGCGGCGGCGUUGGCGGUGACCGAUAUCAAACAAAUGGGGAGGAUGGUUGGGAGUUUGAAGAAAUCACGCUGGAAAGGGUGAGGGGUGGAGCUGGCUUGGGUUUCAGCAUUGCUGGAGGCACAGACAACCCGCACAUAGGCGAAGACCCCAGCAUCUACAUAACAAAGCUAAUCUCUGGUGGUGCUGCUGCAGCUGACGGAAGGCUACAAGUCAACGACAUCAUCCUUAGAGUCAACGACGUUGACCUCAUAGACGUCCCACAUUCCAUAGCUGUUGAAGCUCUCAAACGAGCAGGGAACUCUGUUCAUUUGCUGGUGAAGCGUCAGCGGUAUCCGGGACCCCAGGGGGCCAGCCAGCAGCAGCACACGCCACCGCAGGUGGUCGAGAUCGAACUGAUCAAGGGCAACAAGGGCCUGGGCUUCAGCAUUGCCGGUGGCAUCGGCAACCAGCAUGUGCCGGGUGACAAUGGCAUAUACGUCACCAAGGUCAUGGAGGGUGGUGCCGCACACCUCGAUCGGCGGCUUGAAGUUGGCGACAAACUGGUUGCUGUGGGUGACGUCAACCUGGAAAAUGUCACCCACGAGGAAGCGGUGGCGACGCUGAAGAACACAGGCGACCACGUCAUCCUGACCGUGGUCAAGAGCCAGCCCUUCUCGUUCAUCAACCACUCCCUGCCUCCUCCUCCCCCGCCUCCAGUGCAAGAGACGCGCCUUGGAACACCCCCCCUGAACCUGUCCCUAGGGGAAUACCAUAGUGAUACGAAUUUGAGCACCUCCAAAGCACCCAGUGACGAAGAUAUCCCAAGGGAACCCCGCAAGGUAGUUCUGGCCAAGGGCCCCACGGGGCUGGGCUUCAACAUCGUCGGCGGCGAGGAUGGCGAGGGCAUCUUCAUCUCCUUCAUACUGGCUGGAGCACCCGCCGACGCCAGCGGGGAGCUACGGCGCGGAGACCAGAUACUCUCCGUGAACGGCGUAGACCUACGGCACGCGACGCAUGAGCAGGCAGCGGCUGCCCUCAAGGGGGCCGGUCACACGGUCACCAUGGUGGUUCAGUACAGGCCCGAUGAGUACAACAGAUUUGAAGCCAAAAUCCACGACCUGAGGGAGCAGAUGCUGAACACAACGGGCAGCCUAAGGACUUCUCAGAAGCGGUCGCUUUACGUCAGAGCCCUCUUCGACUACGAGCCAUCUCGCGACAGUGGGCUCCCCAGCCGAGGUCUGCCGUUCCGUUUCGGUGACAUCUUGCACGUCAUCAACGCAAGCGACGACGAGUGGUGGCAAGCGCGCAAGAUUCUCCCAGAUGGCCAUGAAGACUUCAUCGGCAUCAUUCCCAGCAAACGCAGAGUGGAGAGGAGAGAACGUGCAAGGCUUAAGUCGGUCAAGUUUCAAGGAAAGAGCAGUUAUAGUGAUGGCAAGGGCACGCUAGAAAGGAAAAAGAAGAAUUUCUCAUUUUCAAGGAAGUUCCCCUUUAUGAAAAGCAAAGACAACAGCACGGAAGACGGCAGUGAUGUUGAAAGGGAGGGGUCCCCAACCAAAGACACAGCAAACACAUCCUACGCAAGUGAUAGCGAGGCGAGCAGCACAAGAGGAAUCGAUGAGCCUGUUCUGUCCUACGAGGCAGUGGUACAACAAGAAAUUUCCUACACGCGGCCCAUAAUAAUCCUGGGACCCUUAAAAGACAGAAUCAACGAUGACUUGAUAUCCGAGUACCCUGAAAAAUUUGGCUCCUGUGUUCCACACACAACCCGACCAAAGCGUGACUACGAGGUGGAUGGACGUGAUUACCACUUUGUGGCCUCAAGGGAACAGAUGGAACGAGACAUCCAGAACCACCUCUUCAUCGAGGCUGGCCAGUACAAUGACAACCUCUACGGCACCAGCGUUGCCUCUGUUCGGGAAGUGGCUGAGAAGGGAAAACAUUGCAUUCUGGACGUAAGUGGUAAUGCAAUCAAAAGGCUUCAAGUGGCUGGCCUCGAACCCAUCGCCAUCUUCAUCAAGCCAAAGUCAGUCGAGUCAAUAAUGGAAAUGAACAAAAGGAUAACAGAGGAACAGGCACGAAAAACUUUUGAGCGAGCAGCAAAGCUUGAGCAGGAGUUUGCUGAAUAUUUCACAGCGAUAAUUCAAGGGGACACGCCCGAGGAGAUCUACAAGAAGGUCAAGCAUGUGAUCGACAUUAAUGGAGGAUCGUCAGCCUGGGUAGCAGCAAAAGAGAAGCUGUGAGAGAACGGCAGCCAUUGGACGAUGCCCCUAAACACGGGCGAAGGGGAACUUAUUUCUUUUCCAGUUAAUUUCUCUUGUUCGUGGAAAAAGUGGCUUUCAUGAAGGAAGAAAAGUUCGACCCGUGGAUCCUCCAUCGCAGAGUGAGAGAGAAGAGGUUAUAUGCAUACGGAGCCAUAAUGCAGGAGGCAUUUUUCUUUUUCCAAUCGACCGAGGGCGUUCACCGUGAAUGACAGUGGUGUGUGAAUGUGCGCGUGUGCAGCAAGAACACUGACGCUGGGUGGGGGUGGUGUUGCAUGAUACACCGAGUGAGCCGUCACCCACUGCAAAGUCACCAUGGCACAGAGAGAAGAGCAGUGACCGCAGCUCUAAGUCUCUCUCUGUUUCUUUGUGCAUCCUUUUGUAUCAUAUUACCGCUCUCUUGUCUACCAGUCACUCUCUCCCCUUUCAUCCACUUUAACCUGUAAUGUGUCAUCCUUUGCCUGCCUUCUUUUUUUCCAUGCCCACUUCUCGUGUGACAAUAACAGGACCGAAACAGUUGUGAACGGGCCAGUCUGUAAAAUUGUUAGCUGCUUCCCUGCAUAGCCUGCUGUGCAAAAAGGCGAUGCAACACAGCACAGCUGUCAUGUUUCAACAUAGAGGUUAGACGUAUAUUUGUACUGCGGCUUCAGUUGCAAUGCUUUAAGUGCACGGAUACUGUCUGCACCUUUACGAACCAUGAUCUGUGUGGCUGUUUGUGUCAGGCAUACUGUGGAAGGAAGCUCGACUAUAAAUUACAGAAAGCACCAAGAAACCGUGACUGUGCAGUUUUUGUAAUUAUUCAAGCAAAACUUUAGAAUCAAAGAUAGAAAUUGCUUAUAAAACGAACUGAGCUUACAAAACACAAGGUCCUCUCUGCACAUAAGAUAUACUGACAUGCCCUUUUUUAAGGCUGAUGGUGACAUUCUGGAAUGUGUGGAUAAUCUUUAUUAUUGUUUCUUGUAAGGUGGUUUCGGCAGCUGGCAAGUCGGGCACUCACUUUCUGCCCUUGAGGAAAGCCAUGACAGAGGUGUAGUGUUGCUGAAACUUUGCUUUUGCAUAUCUGGCAUAUGUCGUUAAAUGAAUUAAUUUGGUGAAUGAUGCCUAUAUGUCUCUAGUAGAAGAGGGCAGGCAGCACCCUUCAUGAAUAUCCUCUUUUUUUUUUUUUUUUUGUUACUAUACAUUGAUUUUACAGAAUUCAUUCUUUCUAGCGCUGCUAUUCAAAACAAGCGUGCUUCGCACAGUUGUUGCACUUUCGUGUUUUACAUUGUCCAACUCACUGUUACUCUCCUACCACAUUCUGAGUUUGUUGUGGGCGGUUUCAUAGGGGUCUGGAAGAGGUGCCGUAUUGACGGUGCAGAGAUGUCAUGCAAGGCAUUGCUUUAAGCACUGCACGGGUUGCAACACAGUGUACAUAGAAUUUACGAAUGCAACACAAAUGGAUGUGUGAAGUGUACAAGCACCUGCCCCACACCCUUGAACGCGAGUAGAAGAUGCUUGCAAACAUGACUCACCAAGGGGGUUGGUGCAUCAUUGUGCCAUUCGAUUGUUAAAUUCGUCUCCUUUUAGCUCUCCAAAUUGUGGCUUUCUUGCAUGCCUCUUACACAGCGCUUUGCUUUCGAAGGGACCAUUCAAAGAGUAUGGUAGUAGACCUCUGUACAUUUCAGCAAGCACAGAAGAUUGUUCAGGAUUCACUCUUGUAGGAAAGACCUUUCUUAAUGCUCAGGCUGUCCAACCAGGCUCAUUACCAACCACCCUCUGUGUCUCGAGUUUGGAGAACUACAUUGUAUAGAAAGUACAAAUGUUGCAUAUCGGAGGUUGUCAGGCAAACACAGGUUGAAUAUUUGAGGUCUCUGCCAAUUGCCUGUCAUGGUGAAAGGUUGGGGGGGGGGGGGGGGGGGUUGUGACACCGGUUGCUUAUUGAGAACAAGCCUAAGUGUGGAAGCUGCAUGGAUACCACAUGUUGCACAUGGCAUAUUUUUGUUAGGCCAGAAUAUUGUUGACCACUUAACAGGUAACCUUUCUGUUGUGAAAUCACUUUGAGCUCACCAACAUUGCAGCAGUGAUAUUGUACUGUCAAGCUCAUUGUUAUCUUUUUUUUUUAGUUGAUCUCCCCAUAUUUGUCUAGAGGAAUGUAUUGCAGUGCACAUGUAACUUUUUAUUUUUGUUUAUCAUAUUGGCUUGCCUACUUUUUGAAUGGUCCUUGAAGAAAUGUAAGUGCAAAAGUGGCUACCAAAACACAUUAGGCACUUCAAUCCGCUUCGUUUGACUGUGUAUCACAACUCCUUAGACCACAGCAGCCAAAAGUUAUCCAUAAGUAAACUUGCGUGACAGCAGCCGUAACUGAAGUUUGCAAACUGUAUUUUCAUUUGCGCAGCUUCUAAUGGGAGUGUAAAUUGCGUGUCAUGACAAUAUGAUUCUUUGCUGUUGCUGUUAUCACCCUUGUCUGCCUUGGACGUCUGAAGUAGAAAAAGCAUGCUUUGUUUCAUUGAGCUGCUUGCGCGACUUGUUCAGUUUAGAGCUGUGAAUGCACAAAAUAAAGCGGUAACUGUGCGCUUAGCUCAAGCCGUGGCACAAGAGCCACAGUAGUCGCCGCUCCUUGCAAACUGGAGGUCACCUGUUUCACCGUCUGAUGGCGGGACCCGUGUACAGAGAGAGGCCAGAAGUAUUUUAACCCCACAGUAGCAGAAAUCUUGCCCCUUCCCUGUUAUUCCUUUUAGUAAAUUAUUUGCAUAGCUCAUGUUCCGUUGCACAAGUUCGUACAUAUAUAAUAUCUAGGCUGUGAAUUCUUUGCUUUGCUUCUUUACAUUAAGCAAUUUCUAGCAAGUAUGCUGAUGCUUGACGUGCCUACACCACUUAAUUACAUGGCUGAUGGAAGAAAAAAAAAAGACUCCCAAUGUCUGCAGCAUAUUUGCUUCUGCAAUUGUUAUUUGAAUGCUCGCAUUGUUUCUUGUGGGGCAAGCACGCUAACAUCCUGCGUGCAGUUGAUCACAGUACGAACGCGUAGUCUGGAAGCUGUAACAUACAGUACAAGAAGUAUCACACACUUGCGGAUAGAUGCACUUUCGAUUCCCUUUUUUUUUUUAUUGUGAGCACAUGGCGAUGCACAUGAAACCUGUAAUAACGUACACACACACACACAACACACAUACGCGCAUGCUUCAUGCGCGAUAAGAAAAGUACUAAUGUCUUGGCUUGUGUUCUUAAGGUGCUAGUUUGUUUCGUGCUAUUCUACAUGGCAUCGUCGCUGAAAUGUUUUUCAUUGUUACCCCCCAUGUUCCCUCUCACUCCUCAGCUGGUGAGGUGUUGACAAGUUCCCAGCUGUAGACUAAAUUCCCAGCGAGGACUUUGUGAUAUAUAUAGCAUUUUGUGUUUAUUCAUUCACUGGCUCCCCCAUUCCCAUUCGUGUAUUACUAACAAGCGCAUUCGCUUUGCUGCUAGACAAGGUUGUUUUUAUCAUCAAUGCACUGUGAAUUGUGAUUGUAUGUUAAUUAUGCAGACAUCUUUUUAAGUUUUAUUGAGGAGGGUUACACCUGCAGUAUUACAUCAUUGCUCUUUUGUUUUACUUUUGGCAAUAUGUUGAAGUCUUGCAGAACCCCCAAAAACGAAAAAAAAAAAAAAGAUACUGAGAUCUGACUGAGAACUAUACAGACAGAUAUAUAUUGUAUGUACAUGUAUACAGGUAUACAUACAAAUAAAUUUAUGAGGAAAAUGCU